UAGCUUUAAAUAAUUAUCCCCCUUUUUCCUCUCAAUAAAAACCUCCCAAACUUGUUCAUCCUCCCUUUAUCCCUUCAAAAAAAAAAAAAAUGAAGAAUUCAAAAGCUCUCAUCUACACUCUCUUAACUUUCUUGUUCAUCACAAUCACCUUAACUUUCACUACUCAAAGUGACAAUAAUAAUGGUGGUGGAUUUGGAUUUGUGCCUGGUGGUGGAUUCAAUAUCCCUGGAUUUGGGCCUGGUGGUAGUGGAGGAUAUGGUGGUGGAUUUGGAGGCCCAACAGGAGGUCAUGCUAAAGGUGGUAUCAUAAGGCCAACUGUUGUUUGCAAAGAUAAAGGUCCAUGUUUUGGUAAAAAAUUAAAGUGUCCAUCAAAGUGUUUCAAGUCAUUUAGUAGAGCUGGAAAAGGUUAUGGUUAUGGUGGUGGGAGUGGUGGAUGUACUAUGGAUUGCAAGAAGAAAUGUGUUGCAUAUUGUUAAUUUAAUAUAUACGAAUAUGGCCUUAGCCAAGUAAGUACUAAUAUAUUAUUUAUAUUAUGUUGGAGCUUCUUUUUGGAAGUUGAUGGUGGUGUUUUGGAUUUGAAUGAGUUUUGUGAAAACUCUUAUGUAUGCAGCUAAGUUCUGCAGUUAUAAUAUAGUAUAGUAUAGUAGAAUUAAUGAUGAGAUAUGUCUUUGUUUGGAA